UGUCACGGAAGCAGUCUGGGAGCUGGGCUUUGCGCUUCAUUGCAACAUCCGGUGCAGCCAGGUCAGCCGACGUCAUAUCCGGCACCGAGGCCUAGUCAGCAGGACGGGGGCAAAAAGCAGCUGAGAGUGAGCGGAACGGCUGCAGCCACACCAUGAUCAUAUUCACCCGUCUCCUGGUCCUCUCCCUUCUCCUGGCCUCCGGUGCUUUUGCCAAGUUUCAGGAGUUUGAUGACGACAGCGAUGAUGUAGCGGAGUACGACGACAACGACUUUGCAGAGUUCGAAGACGCCGCCGACGAGGGGCCGACCGCUCGCCCUCCGAGCCAGCACACGCCAGAGAAAGAGGAGGAAAAUGAUGAUGAAGACGAUGAGGAGGCGACGGUAGAGCUGGAGGGACAAGAGGAAUUUGAGGAGGAUACAGAAGGACAGGAAGGUGACGCCGAUGCUGAACCGUAUGAUGAUGAAGAGUUUGAGAAUUAUGACGACAGGAUGGAUACUGGCACUCCAAACAAGAUUAAAGACCCAAUUACCAUUGUGGAUGUUCCUGCUCACCUACAGAACAGCUGGGAGAGCUAUUACAUGGAAAUUCUUAUGGUUACUGGGCUGUUGGCCUACAUCAUGAACUACAUCAUCGGCAAAAACAAAAACAGCCGGCUAGCACACGCCUGGUUCAACUCUCACAGGGAGCUCCUGGAAAGCAACUUCUCUCUUGUGGGGGAUGAUGGAACGAAUAAGGAUCCUGUAAGCACAGGAAAGCUGAACCAGGAGAACGAGCACAUCUAUAAUCUGUGGUGUUCGGGUCGGCUGUGCUGUGAAGGCAUGCUGAUUCAACUCAAGUUUAUUAAGCGUCAGGAUUUGCUUAAUGUAUUGGCUCGUAUGAUGCGCCCUGUAUGUGAUCAAGUGCAAGUAAAAGUGACCAUGAAUGAAGAAGACAUGGACACCUACGUUUUUGCCGUGGGAACUCGGAAAACGCUGAUCAGGUUGCAGAAGGAGAUGCAGGACUUGAGUGAAUUCUGCAGUGACAAGCCUAAAUCUGCUGCUAAGAUGGGUCUUCCUGAGUCCAUGGCCACCCUGUCUGAGAUGGGGGAAGUGACAGACGGUAUUAUGGACACCAAGAUGGUUCACUAUCUCACGCUCUAUUCCGAUAAAAUAGAGUCCAUCCAAUUCUCUGACCAGUUUUCCGGUCCAAAAAUCAUGCAAGAGGAAGGGCAGCCACUCAAACUCCCAGAGACAAAGAAAACUCUCCUGUUUACAUUUAACGUGCCUGGUUCUGGAAAUGCAUCUGUGAAAGAUAUGGAGGCCCUUCUACCACUGAUGAAUAUGGUGAUUUACAGUAUUGAUAAAGUUAGAAAAUUCCGUCUAAACAGAGAGGGGAAGCAAAAAGCUGACAAGAAUCGGGCCCGAGUCGAAGAAAACUUCCUGAAGCUCACUCAUGUACAACGACAGGAGGCCGCUCAGACCCGCCGUGAAGAGAAGAAGCGGGCAGAGAAAGAACGCAUCAUGAAUGAGGAGGAUCCUGACAAACAACGGCGUCUAGAGGAAGCUGUUCAGCGUCGAGAGCAAAAGAAGAUGGAUAAGAAGCAAAUGAAGAUGAAGCAGAUCAAAGUAAAAGCCAUGUAACUUGUCCAAAUGAUUCCCUCCAGCAACAGCAGAGUACAGUAAAGGAAGGAAAAGAAUAACCUAUGAUAAAUCGUCCAGUCUGGAAGUCCUUCCUUUCUCUGGAUUCUAUUGGUGUCCUUUAUUCUGACAGGGGCGCUCUUGUCUCUUCAAUGGCCUUGUGUUGAAAUACCUAAUUCCUGGUUGUCUAUUUGAUGGGCCUGGAAUGGGCUGAAAUACCUAUCAGAACUAAAGCAAGGUAAAGGGGAAGUAUUACUCUUGACAAUAGGCAUAGUAAUAUCAACUGAUGCUCCAAGAUGUACAACAAACAUGAAAACCUUAAGUCAGAUUCUCAGACACAUUCAGCACGGUCACCGACGCCUAUAAAAUAUCCUGCUGGAGUUAUUUUGGAUUUACAUUUUUUUUUUUCAAUGGUUUGUUUUAAAAUAAAGUGUCCACUAAUUCCCCUUUACUAUUCACCCAAGCAUGGGUGCUGAUAUGUGCAGAGUUAUGCAGCCGGGAAGUUCAAGUAAUUUGGCAGGUCUCCAGCCUUCGGUUUAAGAGCCAGAGACCUCCGCGCAGAGUUUAUAUAUAAUAUUAGUAUUUAAGUUAUUGAGACAUUAUAAAAGGAAUGACACAAAUGUAAAAGGAUUGGUAUUAUUUACAAAGUGUCAUUUCUCAAGGAGAUGUAACCAUAGUGUAGCUUGGCUUCCUUAUCUGCCAGUUUCAUGGCUGAUAUCUGAAUAUAGGUAUGGGAUCCGGAAACCCAUUAUCCAGAAAGCUCCGAAUUACAGAAAGGCUGUCUUCCACAUUGUAAUCAGAUAAUCCACGUUUUAAAAAUAAAUUUCAUUUUUCUCUGUAA